CUAACGAUUGAGCUCUGCUGUGCCUCGAAGUGUUAAUUGAGUUGCCACUUUGAAUCCUCGACUAUUUAUUUACUCGAAUAUACAGGAAGUUUCAAAGCUCGCGAUUGAGAAGAAAAUUUCGUGUUCGAUUUUUCUUUUCAUUUAAGGCACUUUUUUUUUCAAUGAUUAACUAUAAAUUAAAGACAAAAAUGACUGAAAUAUUUUGCUUCUGGGAUUGUACGUUGAGGUUACCACAAAUUUUGGACGAUUUUCCACAGUGAGCAUUCAACAUAAUUUUCGUGGUUAAUUGCUUUUUUCGCAUCGUAAUUAACCUGUUUUUUUCGAGCUUUUCAAUAAAAAUUCUAAAUCCAGUAGCACGUGUAAAAAUGUCUGCGGACUAUUUCUAUAAACUAUAAAAAAAAUUUAUCGAUAUUAAUAGGUUUUUAUCACCGAAUGACACAAAAAUUCGAGCGUUGAAGUUCGCAUCGUUGAAACCCAGUGAAAAAUCAAUCGAUCGAUGGUUAUUUUUUUCUCGAAAUUUAGCUCCAAAUAUUUCUCAGAAUCAAUUUUUGGGUUUCACAAGUCGAAGGACGGGUUGAAUAAUCAAGUUUUAAGGGGUUGUUAGAGCAAGAAAAAACCCGAAUUGCAAAAUGCAUCGUCACGUUAAAUAAUGACGAAAUUAAAAAUCCACCUGUUUUUUUCGGCCCACACGAAUUCGUAGUCCGGCUUCGAGAACGAAUUUUGGAAAUGGACGUAAUUGCAGUACGUGAAGUAAUAACGAGUUGACGCAACGAUGGGCCUGCAAAAAAGGUACUUUCUUCAAGACAAACGAUGUGCAUCGAAGAGUUUAAUUAACAAGUGCGCGUGAGACUGAGAGACAGCGAACGAAAAUUGCGUCAGCGCAUGUUUUUUUAUUCCGCAGUGAGUCCGGGCCAAGACUGAGGCGAGGAAUAAACGGACUACGAAGAGCGCAGUUGCUUUGAGCCGAAGACUAGAAAAAGGGAAAGAGUUAUUCGUGUGAAAGUGUAAGUCGAAUUGAGGUAAACGCGAAUGCUCGUAAAUCAUAGUAAAAAGACGGCACGUAAAGUUAUAUUCGUGUACAUAAGUUGGCGGAAUAGUGAGGGCUAUUCGUGGAGAAAAAAGCGCUGAAAAAUGGUCGUUGAGGGAUCAAGGAUGCUCGGGAAAAGACUCGAAGCGCCGAUAUCGUUGCCCUCCUGACACUUUUCCCCUUCCGCCCCGACGUUUUUCAACGUUCUCGUUCCUUCUUUGUUCGCCGUUGUUGUUCGUGUUUUUUUUUCUCUCGGCUCAAAUCGAGCGGAAAAAAGGCGAUUGUUGAGGAAAAAUGGCAGAAUUCGGGGAGACUGAGCCCGUCGUGAUUUUCGACGUAUCGAGACCACCGGCAGACGAUCAGGCGACCAGAAUAGCGACGCGCCGAGUGACCUUAAUCGUUGGGACGCUAAGACACGACCUUGACGAUGAGCAACACCACCAGCAGGACGUGACAUUCUCGACGAGAAAAUAUCAUCGCAUUGGCCUCGAGGAAAGACAGGACAUGGAAACUCAUUCGAAAAUGAGAACGUCGCAACUCCUCGCGACACUCAAUUUGUGAUUUCGUGUUCUCACAAACAUCGUCGUUGCGCCAAUAAUCCUUGCGAUGCUUCGUGAAGUGCGCGCUUUAUUAAUUCUUCGUUAAUCUUCGUUCUGUAUAACGGAUAUGCGGCGCAACAAAAUUCAUCUUUCCGAAAUAACGAAAUACAUUUAAAUAAUCAUUUAUGAAUAAAUAUAUAUUCACAUAGACGCAAGUGAUGCCUGGUAUCGUCGUUUUUCGAAGACGCUGGAGCGUCGGCAGCGACGAUCUUGUCGUACCCGGUGCAUUUCUCUUCAGUCUUCAUCUAAUAUGGGUGACGAUUCUCGGAGUAUUGCUCGGUAUCCUCGAGUGGGAUCGCUCCGUAACGUGUAUUCUACUCCUAUGGGAAUACGUUCUUGGCUACCUCGCAUUAUUCAUUGCUUCCAUGGCUGUCGAAUUUUCGAUAUGCAUCCUUGCCACGAGAGGAAGCAUUCUCGACACAGACGCCAGAGCACCGAUGCAGCAUCUUCUCUACAUCAGACUUUCUCUGUUACUGGUGGAGAUGGGAUGGCUCUGUGCCGGUGUCGCGUGGCUCGUUCAGUAUUAUCAAACUUGUCCUGUGGAUCAGGCAAAAGAAGUGACGUUAGGGCUCGUGAUAUCGAACUGGUGCAUCUUAGCCUCGGUUAUGGUGACGGUAUGGUGCACUUAUGAUGCAGCAGGACGAUCGUGGGUCAAGAUGAAAAAGUAUCAGCGUAGUAUGAGGGAGGCGGAGUCGAGAGGCAGACCUCAUUACAAGAGGAGUGCAGGACGAAAUAGAAAUUGGAGACAACGAAAGGUCAUACGUGCCUACCAGGACAGCUGGGACAACAGAUGCAGAUUGCUCUUCUGCUGCAUGGGAAAUUCCGACAGAAAUAGAAACUCAUUCACCGACAUAGCGAGGUUACUCAGCGAUUUCUUCAGGGAUCUUGACGUCGUGCCGUCCGACGUAGUCGCCGGUUUAGUUUUGUUACGAAAGUUUCAAAAGAUCGAGCGGGAGCUCAUAGUGAAACAAAAGAAGAAUGACACUUACGAAUUCCUCUCGGGCGUACCGGUCACACCAAGGACAAAGUUUCUCUCCCUCACCGAGGAUGGUGACUUGGGACAUUUUCAGGCAGCCAUUCAUUACAUGCACUUCGCACUGGCAGCUUAUGGAUGGCCACUUUUUCUACUCAAUCAUAGUACUGGUCUUUGCCAGUUGUGCACAAGACUAAAAUGUGGCUGCUUUCCGUGCUUAAAGCGUGAAGACGACGCUACAGUCGUAGCUGACAAUUGCUGUCAGUGUAAUUAUGCUGCAUUGAGACGAAUGAUCGACAUUGGCGAGGUGGAAGUCGUGUAUGCGACGUUUCACGUUGACGUCGGCGAAACACCAUUUUUCGUCGCACUUGAUUACACGAGGAAAAAGGUCGUUAUUAGUAUUCGUGGAACUUUGAGCAUGAAAGACGUCGUCACGGAUCUCAAUGCCGAAGCCGAAGUGCUGCCACUCACACCGCCCAGAGACGAUUGGCUUGGACACAAGGGCAUGGUACAAGCUGCCGAAUAUAUUCGCAAAAAAAUAUCCGACGAAGGAAUCAUCGCGACAGCACUCGCGAAGGACCCUAAUCGAGGAACUCACCAAUUCGGCCUGACACUCGUUGGUCACUCGCUGGGCGCUGGCACAGCUGCGAUUCUCGCAAUUCUCUUGAGGCAAGAAUUUCCCGAUCUCGUUUGUUUCUCGUUCGCACCACCCGGCGGGCUCCUCAGCAUGCCAGCACAGCAAUAUACCCAAGAAUUCAUCACUUCCGUCGUCGUUGGCAAAGAUGUCGUGCCGAGGAUAGGCCUCAGACAGAUGGAGAGUUUGAGGGCCGACCUCAUAAACGCCAUUAGGAGAAGCGUCGAUCCAAAAUGGAAAACUAUUGCUUGCUCGGUAAUGUGUUGCGGUUGUGGUUCGAUGCCAACGUCCGCAGCAAACUUGGAGGCAGGUGGAUGCAUCAGCGAAUACCAGAGGGACAAGGAUCUGGCACGCGAGCAAACUAUCGUUCCGAACGAUUCCAGCAUCGCGCUUACUCUUCACACACCCCUGUAUCCACCUGGGAGAAUAAUUCACGUAGUUCGCCAUCAUCCUAACAAGGGAGAGCAAAAGUAUGAGAGCCGUUGGAGACAAGUACUCAGAAAACGUGAACCCGUUUAUCAAGCACUUUGGGCAGGCCCUUGUGACUUCGACGAAGUCCUCAUCAGUCCGGUCAUGAUACAAGAUCACAUGCCGGACAACAUGCUCAAAGCUCUCAACAAGGUGUCAGCGGGCAGAGAUCAUGAUGCUCCUGAGAUCGCAUCGACGAGGGCGACGGUCGUCCUCGAAGUGUCGGCUCUCGAUAUACGGAGGCCCAUCGACGGUGUUCAUCUCAACAAUCUACAGCUCCAAGUACGAUCCCCAUCAUCGCGAGACCGCGACGCCGACGCCUAUGCCACCACACCCUCUUCCUGCCACGAUUCAAGGAUCCUACUAUGGACUCCGACCGAACUCGAUUCAAAUUUCGCGCUCUCGCGUGGGUCUCUCGCUGCGGUUGUAACGACGCUCGGACCAGCGAAGCCACAACGCUUGCCAUCCAGCUCCUCACCAGAAGCCUCCGAAGCUCGGGAAAUUAACGAUAUUCAUGAAAUCGAGAUCGAACAAGAAAUGAGGGCUCUACUGUCACCGCCCAGCCCAGCCAAAUGUGGGUCUCUCACCGCUGGCACACCACCCCACAGACUUUGUCUUGAGACGAGCUUUACCUCUCUGCAAAGCCCAACGGAAUUCCCACAAGCUGGACGCGAACUCAGCGUCGAUUCUCACGGACUACCUUGGGAGUACGUCAGCCUCGCGAGCGAAUUAAUCAACACACCGAAACCUGAUGACCACAAAUUAUCGAAUCAUCCACUGGACUGGGAUUGCACACCGAGGAUAGCGCCCCUUGCGACACCGGAAACGAUGUCCGAAACAUCUAGCAAUCCACCGUCCCCUGUGCCACCGCCGAGACCGAUGAGACGAACACCCAAGAUCCCGGGAAACUUGUCGACGGCGGCGGACGAUCUCAAGAGCAACCUUCACUUCGCGAUGCUCUCGGCUAAAAAUUAUCGUCUCCGCGAGGAUACCGCGGGCAGCAAUAGCAGCAGCGGUAAUAGCGAGGCGAGUUACGAAAGCGCGAGAAGUCUUCAGGUUGCUAGUCUUCCGCCGCCGGUACCAAGAAGACGCGAUUCUGCCAACGUUCGAGGCAGAGAACAUGGAAUAUGCACAGCUGCAUGCUGUCAGGACGAUGGCUCAGAAAAUUCUACCCCAUCCUCAGGGCAUUCUGACAGAAUAGUACACGGCUCACAUCGAGUGCAGAUUGACUAUCGUUCCGAAGACAAUGACACUAAUGGAUCGAGUCUCGAUUUCUACGAAGCGAAGAGUUCUUCCGGCCAACGUGACAGUAGCAACGACGUAUUUUUGAGUGUUAGAAGUUCGCCAGAGUGCAAAGGGCUGAUGGCACCAGCGACUGAUUUAGGUGCCGAAUGGAAAAAGAGACUCGACCCUUCCUCACUUCCGGUUGACGCGUCACUUCCACUUCUUCGUGGUCUUUCGCCCACACCAACGCCCGGACAACACUCUAGCUCACCGUUUUUCAAUGUGAAACGAAAAAAAUACGUUUAUCCAAUAACUCUGGUCGGGCGUGGAGAGAGCAGCGUUUAACGAACUUUUAUACUCGUUGAUCGAAAGUGAAUGAAAAACGGUGAAAUCGGGAGAGAGAGAGAGAGAGAGAGAAAACAAAAAUACACACUCGUUGCGAAUGAAUAAUCUAAUUGAUCGAAGCGGCACAGACGUGGCUUCAAACGGGACCACGAAAUUGCAACUUUAACUACAUUUAUUUCUUACUCAGAUUUUAUCUUUUUAACACACUUAAUUAUCGUGACUACCACAGGCCUGUGCCGCUAUUUUCGACUUAUAUUUUAGUUCUUCAAUGAAACUACAAAUAUUUCAAUUGCAGCAGGCCAGGAGAAAAUUUUCGUCAAUUCCAAUCUUCGAGUGGCAAAUGAUGUGAAUGGAUGGAGUACUUUUAACGAUAACGAGCGUACGGAAGAACUUGAAGUUAAAAAAAAAAAAUGUCAAAAAUUGUUGCCUCGUGAAUUCCUUCAAAUUAUCAAAAAAUGUUAACGAAAUGUGCAACUUUUUAUUCAAAGUUGUCCAAUCGCAAACUCUCCAUUUCUAUUUUUUUAAAACUCCGUUUGUUCAAUAAAAGCUGCACGUGAACUUACACGGGAAUCCUGCAGCGGGACAUGUUUAUUUCGUUGUUUCAGAGAUUUGUUAUAAAUAUUACGAAUUGCAACGACGAAUCGUUCCUCUUUCUCGGGGAUAUUUAAUAAUAAUUUAGCCAUGUCAAAACCGAAUAAUUUUUUGAAGCUGGAUCCUUUCGGAGGAACUUGCGCUUGUGGGAAAAACUGGAAAAUUAUAGAAAUACAGAUUUAAAUGUGUGGGAACUGCAAAGAAAAAAUAAAAUUGUAGAAAAUUUUCUAAAAAAACGAACAGCAAGGAUACUACAAAAAAUAUAUUUUUCAAACGUAUCAGAAUAGUUCUUUGAACAUAUAUUAUAUCUGCUAAGCUAAAACUUUACUAUAAUAAAUGAAGGUUCAAAUCAUCAUAUCUAAAUAAUAAAAAUUUGUCGACACUGAGUAUUUUCCUUUUCCUGGGUGCAAGAAUGUUAAACCGUGCGGAUUUUCCAGUUUCAAAAGUAGUCGGAAUUUAUGAAAACAAAGAACGAAUUUAGUAUGUUUAUUAUGUAGAAAAUUUGCACAGGCCUAUUUAGAAUCGAGCCCUCGAAUGUGUCUUUCGAUUCAAUUUUUCUUUAUAUUUUAACACUCGUUUCUAUCGCUGAUACAUACAAUUACUUGAUGAGAGGUAGAAUUUUUGGGGAAAAAUUUAAUGAGCAAUUUGAAAGAUUCAAGAAUAACAUAUUCGACAAAUUUUAGCAACUGUAUUCAUAUAGUGACGAGACGUUGUCAAAACAUCCUUCAAAGCGGACGAGCCGAAUAUAACAUUGCUUACAUGUCUACAGGGAAACAAAGUUUUUUAAUUAGUCGUUUCAAAGUCUGCAUCAGUGAAAUGCAACAAGAACUUCUUCCUGUGUUUUGGGAAGAGCACUUUUUGCAGUCCUACUUCAAAUAUUGGUAGUAAUUUUCUGGUAGAUGGUAGAAAAAAAGGCUCACCAAAGCCUUUUUUGUCGAAAGAUUCAAAUUUUUAGCGAUAACUCUUCUUUUCUUUAAAAUUUUUUUUUUAUUUCUCAGUUCUCAAUCAUUCAAUUAUUUCUAAACUGGAAUAUCGUUUCACGAUGGAUUUUGACGAUGCGAGCUUGAACUUCGUUGGAAUUGAAUUUUUUAGCACGUCUUUUUAUUAGUAGCCUCGAAAAGAGAAUGAAUAAGUCAAGCAAAAAAACACGAUUGAGUCAAAAAGACCGAAUAAAACAAGUAAAAAGGUCGUUCAGGUUGAAGAUCUUCGUUAGUAAACAACAUUUUGCCAUUGAAUAAAUUUUCUAUCGAUUUUCUGCCAGAGCUGACCACAAAGAGACAAUUUUAGAAAUUGUAGGAAGCAAAAGAAAAAAUGUUGAUGAAUUCAUAAAAGUGUGAGGAAGUGAAGGAGACGAUACGAUUGAUUACGUAAAAAAAGUGUGUGAAUAUAUUGAAGAGAAUAAAAUUAAAAUAAAUGAAUUAUGCAAGCGGCCAUGUACUUUUGGAGACUUGGCUUAUUUACUAAAUCUCGUCAAAUGCCGAACAAUUGAAAUGAAACGCUCGAGAAAGUGUGUGCGUGUGUAUGUACCGUAUAGAUUGUGUAUAAAUUAGAAACAAAAAGACAACAAAAUAUAACAGUCUAGUCAGUAUUUUCCCUGUAUGCCUAGAACAGUGAAAUACGUAAAGCUUGUCGCAGAGUGAUAUUUAUCGGUAGAGAUGAAGGAAGAUGAAAAAAUAAUUGCAGAGGUGCAACAAAGUGUUAAUAUUAAUCUGUGAGAAAAACAAUAAUUUAUAAGAAAUAAAAAGUAUAAUGUCGAUCA